AUGGCAACUGAGGAAAGCCUGAUAGAACUAAUGACUGGUGAACAGAUAGAGGAACAAGUUGAUGAAGAAGUAACUAUUAUGACAAAGGUUUUAAAAGACAACACUGAAAUGAAGGAAUUUGAAAUACGAAAAAUGGAAAUUGAAUUAGAAAAACAACGCUUAGAAUUUGAAAAAUACAAAAUAGACCAGGAAUUACAGCAUCAAUUGCGUCUGAAAGAACUUGAACUUGAACUUAAUCGUGGCACAACAAAAACUGAAGCCACAACGAAAAUUCCAGUGAAACUUAAAUUACAACCAUUUAAUCAUGACAAAGAAGAUGUGCUAACAUAUUUGGAUGAAUUUGAGUCGGUAUCCAAGCAAGCAGGAUGGGAAGAAGAUAUCAAAGUUUUACAUUUGAAAUCCUUACUUGUUGGAGAUGCUCGCGAGAUUGCUUCUCACUCUAGUAAAACAUAUGAAGAUCUACGGAAGGCCUUAAUUACACGAUUCAGCAAAAGGAGGUCUGAUUAUUUCGGAAUGUUAUCUGGUAUCCAAAGAAACCACAAUGAAACAUACCGAGGACUUAUGGCACGCAUAGAUCAAUAUUUGGCAAGGUUCAUCGGAGAGCGUGAUACUAUUCAGUGUUUUCGAGAAGAGUACUUCUUGAAGGCGUUGCCAGGAGCACAGUCCCAGUGGAUACGUAGAAACCAGGGAACAGGGACGGUGGUAGAGGCUGCAGAGGAUUAUAUAGUACCUCAGAGAGAUCAGAAUAGGCGGAGUGCUGGGCAUAUACCUAUGGGAUCGGGAGGUACGAAUGCCAGUAAAGUGGUUUCACAGGAAAUGUCGCGAUUUGCUGGCGAGGGCAAGAAGAAUGUGGUGUGCUUUAAGUGUAAGGCACGGGGCCAUAUUGCCCGGGACUGUCCGAGUAAUAAAAGACAAGGAGGACAAAAUCAGGCUUCGUAUCUUGUUAGGCAAACAAUUGGGGAGCGACUGAUUUGUGUGCCAGGUCUUGCAGACGGACAGGAAAUAAGCUUUGUCAAGGAUACUGGGGCUGAUGUGACGUUAAUUCGUGAGGAAUUUGUCAAGCCAAGUGCUAUCCUUGAAGGACAGUGUAUGACGUUAUACACGGCGAUUGGCCAGCCGUUUCAAGCAAAACGGGCAAUCGUGGAUCUUGACCUUCCAUGCUUUAAGGGUCAUGCUCAAGUUGGUGUCGUGUCGGACUUGGCUGCUGAAGCUUUACUAGGAAUGGAUAUUCUUGACAGGUCAGUUAUGGCAGUGACAAGGGCACAGUCCAAGCAGCAAGAGGCUGAGGAGCAUGUCGUGGAGCGUGAAAUGGAGGUAACAAAAGUACUACCUCGAAACAUUAUGGAAGAAAGAUCGGAGGAAAGGCUGGGUGUUGAUGAGCUGUCAACGGUCAACUCAGAGGAACUUUCCAAGUUACAGCGAGAGGAUGAGUCGCUGAGUAAAAUUAAGGCGAAGUCCUUGUCGUCAGCUGAGGAAGCUGAUGAAGAUGAUGUUGCUUUUUAUUGGGAACAUGACAUUCUAAGGCGAAAGUGGAGGACUGGAGAUGGUAUAACAGCUGGAAAACAGUUGGUACUUCCCAAAUCACUGAGACAAGCUGUCAUUAAACUUGCCCAUGACAGACCUUUAGCAGGACAUCUUGGACAAGAGAAAACUAAGCAAAGAGUCCUACAAUCAUUUUAUUGGCCUGGAAUGUUUUCGGAUAUAAAAAGUUACUGUCAAACGUGUGAUGUGUGUCAAAAAGUGGCUAGACGUGACCACCAGAGAGCUCCAAUGGUCAUUGUGCCAAGAGUUGGACAGCCAUUUGGGAAAAUUGCUAUGGACAUUGUCGGACCGUUACCAAUGACAAAAUCAAGGAAUAGGUUCAUCCUAACUGUAGUUGACGAUGCAACGCGAUAUCCUGAGGCAUUCCCGUUACCUAGCAUUGAGGCGGAGAGAAUUGCUACAAAACUCAUGGAAAUGUUCAGCCGUGUGGGUAUCCCAAAAGUUAUCUUGACAGAUCAAGGUACUAAUUUCACCAGCAAGUUACUGACGUACCUCUACAGAAACCUUGGGAUCAAAGGUAUCAAAACAACUCCAUACCACCCUCAAACAAGUGGCACAGUAGAACGGUUUAACGGUACUCUGAAAGCCAUGCUAAAGAAGCUGUGCGGAGGUAAUGUCGAGCAAUGGGAUGAGUUACUGCCCUAUACCCUGUUUGCAUACCGUGAAGUCCCACAUGAGGAAACUGGAUUUUCUCCUUUCGAGCUUCUGUACGGUUGGCCUGUUCGUGGACCUUUACAAGCACUAGAAUGA